CCGUGCAGUCUACCUCGAGCUCAGGGAACAACAUCUUCAAUGUGUUUUCCGCAUGCCACUUUUUCUCUGAAAAUGUCAACACUCCAGACCCUGAAAACUUAUAUCAACCAGCGACUCGCGGUGGCUGUAGAGGAAAUAUCCGCCCUGCUGGAAACAACAAUAUCAAACUAUGAAGAAGAGAUUAACCGCCAGCGGAGGCUGCUGGAAGAUGAGAGGUCUGAGUUCCUCAUCAACAAAGCAGGUACGCAAGAGGCCAUGAGAUUUCGAGUCAUCAUCGAGCACGAUAUCAAGAAGAUAACUUUCCAAAACGGCCUCCCUUCAACUUUGGAGGACUUGAUUAAAGUGUUUAAACAAGCUUUUUCCAUCACCACAGAGAUAGGCCUUCUGUACAAAGAUGCUGAUUUUGAUGACUUCUUCACAUUAACCUCUACAGGUGACCUUAAGGAUAAAGACACACUCAAAGUAGUUCACCUGCCAGCACCUUCAGGUAUAACAAGGCCAGCGGCUCCUCAGCAGCGCAGACCCGCUGACUUUGAUAACUCCCUCACAAUAACCUCUACAUGUAGCCUGAAGGAUAAAGACAUAGUCAAAGUAGAGCACGUGCCAUUAUCACCAGGUAUAUUAAUGGCCACGGCCCCUCAGGAGCGCAACCCUGACACAUCAGACACGUCAUCUGUAGAUGAUCGUCUCUCUGUGGAUUCACAGGAUGCUGUGAUUCCCAGUUCCCCUGCCACUGGGAGGCAAAGCCUGUGGCCUGCCAUCUUUCCCAUUCCAACCUUCUCCUACAACACAGAGAUGGCUUUGAGGCAAGGCAAUGAAAAGUUUCUCAAAGACGGAAUCUUGCUGACAUCACCUAGUGUCAAAUCUGACAUUCUGGAGCGCCUGGCGGAGGCCAUGUUUUCCUACACAGCUUAUCCCAAUGAUCCACAGAGGACUGCCGUUGCACAGGCGCUAAUAGAGAAGCAUCCCUGCUUGAGGGAACCUGGCUCUUAUAAUGGAUGUUAUGGGUGGCAGCAAAGCCUAAAAUACAAGUGUGCAAACUAUCGGAGCAAACUUAAAGCACACGGAAACCCUGAGCUGCUAAUAAAUUCACUGAAACACAAGCAGGAGGGCGAGAGACAACCUGCCAAAAAUAUCAAGAAACCAAGGAAGGCUGAGGUGAACUUCCUUCCCCCACAUCCAGCCGGCGAAACCGAUGAAAGCCUGGAGAAUGUGAGACUGGAGCUUAUUGCAGUGAGCAGGACAAAGGACAAUGGUCAGAUGAUCAAUGACAUGAUGUCCAGAACAUACAGCUAUAGAAGGAGGGAAGUAGUCGGCCAGUCCAUGACAGUGGCAGAAUUCAGAGAGAGAUGGCCUGCCCUCUUCGAACCAGUACAGAUAAAUGAAGAGUUUCGAAGAUGCAACACUGUUCCCUUGGAGCAAACAUUCAUCUCCCAGCUGGACAGGCACACGCCAAAACUGCUGGAAUUAUUCAGUUCAAAGGGAGGAGCUGUGGGACAGCGCAUGAAGAGUGUGUUGAUUGAGCUGAUUAAGGACCCGCAUGCCUCAUUGGUGAAGAAGAGGGACGUGACUCUGAGAUGCCUCAUUGAGUACCUGGGAGAGAGUGUGCAGGAGCUUGUCUCUGACUACUAUAGGACAGCAGAGGAUGAAGUGCAUCAGGACCUUAAAACACACAGUAGGAGGAUCUACGUGUGCCACCAGCCCGAUGCAGUGGGCAUCAUCAUCGAUGGGACUCCAGUUCUGACUGGUCUGGAUAACAUGUCCAAAGCCUGCUGCCUCCUCCUCGGCCUGACCUACGCCCUCAACCUGGAUUAUCCUCCCAAACUUGCCAAAACGUUUGAAGUGUUUCAAAGACUGUUUGUAGGACUUGAUAUGCUGCAGCCCAAACCAACAUCCAAGUACAUCAACCUGAAAAACAAACUGUUCACCUGAACAAUGGCUCACCUCGUCCAAGGCUAGGUUUUGUUAGUGUGUUAUAUUCAGGAGCUGUGAAGGAGUCUGAUUGUUUGAUGAUAAACUUGUGUUGGAUGUUUGAAAGAACUGUGUUAAUGAUUAAGGGUUAAAACACUGAGCUGUACCUCAGAGUUUUAAGGAACUAAUAUCCACAGUGGGCUUCUAAUCAAAUUUUUCAUACCUUCCUGAUAUUUUCACCGGAAUGUACAGUACAUGACAGUAUGACUAUAUGGUGCAACUCCCCGCCCCCGACCAGCGUGUUCGCUACUUUUGGCAGGCUCACCAUACAUUUUCCAAACUAAUAAUUACACAUGUUGCUUGCCGGCUGUUAACGGUCCUGUGCACUAAAUGGGCACCAACAAACAAACAAACAAAUAAACCCGUGACGGGCAUGCGCUGCUCACACAGCCAGAGUGGUUGGUGCUAUUCCUCCACCACUGGUGUCAUGGUGUCUUUUGGCUCAGCUGCCUGAUCCAUCAGUAGAGACCAGAGACUGACCUAUGGUGUUAUGUGCUGUGCACUACAUAUAGUAAGUUUAACAGAAAGAGGAGCACCCGUAUUUGUGACGGUAUUGAAAAUCAUAUCAUCCGGAUUUCUUAAUACCCUGGUGUACCGUGAUACCGCCCAAGCCUAAUCCACAGCAGUUCCACAUGUCACAUCUCUGUAAAUGUGGUUGUGCAGCACAUGCUUCUUUGUUGGUAAGGUCAGUUCACCCAGAUUACAAAAAAAACAACUGAUUUCACCAGGUUUAAGGGCCUCAAAGCUCUGUUCAUAGUUAGAAUGUGUGUUGUAUAAGAGCUCUGAAAAUUCUCAUGUAAGCUGUAUUUUUUUACUCAAUGAGACAAGUUCUGCUGUAUGUAACUUUUGUACUUGUAGCUAAAUUAUUUUAUCUCUGAGGGGAAAUACAGAAACACAUUUAAGUUUUAAUAAGUGACUACUUUCAUACAUUUUGUUUGACAUUUCAGUUGAGGUUGGUGGUUGCAGAGACUGUUCACUACUGGUUACAUAUGUAAAUAAAUUAGUAACAGUUUCAAGUAAUCUAAUUUUUCAACUUACAGUAUAUUGAUCUGGUAAACCAAGUUCAUAAUUGAUUAUUCCCUCACACUCCGUGUAGUGAUGUGUUCUCACAAACCUACAGUCUUUUUUUUUUAAUUGUCUCCACAGCCUGGCAGAGGCAUUGGGUCUCAUUCAUGAAACGUGAGCAGAA